UGAAGAUCUCCGAGGAGGAGGCUGCACAACCUAUUUGGGCUACCUGUGUCAGUGCUUUGUUACCCACACAGCACAGAAGUGCUCUCUGAUGCUUGGAUGAAACCUUUUGUGUUCCGGUUUGUGCACAUUGCCUCUUAUCCUGGCCCUGGACGCCUCUGAAAAUAGCUUUUUCUGGCCUCUUUGCAACCUGCCUCAGUUAUUUGUACACUGUGAUAGAGUCUUCCUGAUCCUUUGCUUCUUUAGGGUGAGCAGUCCUCCCAGUUCUCUCAGCUUCUCCUCAUGGGAGAGAUGCUCCUGUCCACUGAUCACUUGCUGGUGCUCUGCUGGGGAGCACUCCGUAUGUGGCUUCACCAUUGCUGAGUAGAGAGAAAGGAGCAUCUCUUGAACAGCUGGUGAAUUGUCUCUUUGCUAUUUAACAAUUAUCAGUGUUCCGUUAUCUUGUAAGGAUGAUUGAUGAAGAAAAAAAAAAUAAAAACAAAAAACCUUCAUCUUUCUCCUGAAGUUGAAGGGUAACUGCAUUAAUCUGAGCCCUGGCUAGGCCUGAGUGUACAGGAUAUCCUUAAUCUGAAUUCUCCCUGCAGUUUUUGACCUGUGACUUUUAUUUCCUGUUCUAAAUUCUGCUGUGGAACGAGUUGAAUUGCUGCCAAGCAAUGGUCAAGUUUCCCAGGAACUUGAAAAAACUUGAAAAGUUAAAGGCAUUUGAAGAUUUGAAGAAAACACUUGCAGUCUUGCUGGAUAAUAUCUUGCAGCGUAUUGGGAAACUGGAGUCCAAAGUGGAAAAUCUUGUACUUAAUGGAACAGGAGCAAACUCUACCAACAAUACUACCACUCCAGCUCCCAGCUUAGGAGCAGUCGAAAAGCUUAAUGUAGCAGAUCUCAUAAAUGGAGCCCAAGAACAGUGUGAAUUGCCUCCUAUGGAUGGUUUUCCUCACUGUGAAGGGAAAAUAAAGUGGAUGAAAGAUAUGUGGCGAUCGGAUCCCUGUUAUGCAAGUUAUGGUGUAGAUGGGUCCACAUGCUCCUUUUUUAUUUACCUCAGUGAGGUUGAAAAUUGGUGUCCUCGUUUACCUUGGAGAGCAAAAAAUCCUAAUGAAGAAACUGAUCAAAAGACAGUGGCUGAAAUUCGUAUCAACUUUGAUCCUCUCUACAAAAUGAUGUCGAGGCAUGAGGAAUUCAGAUGGAUGACGUUACGUAUCCGACGAAUGGCUGAUACCUGGAUCGAAGCAAUUAAAUCACUUGCAGAAAAACAAAAUUUGGAGAAUAGAAAACGAAAGAAGAUUCUUGUUCACCUUGGGCUUUUGACAAAAGAGUCCGGAUUCAAGAUUGCUGAGAAUGCGUUUAGUGGUGGCCCGCUUGGUGAAUUAGUCCAAUGGAGUGAUUUAAUUACAUCUCUCUACUUACUGGGCCAUGAUAUCAGGAUUUCAGCUUCACUAGCAGAGCUCAAGGAAAUUAUGAAGAAGGUUGUAGGUAACAGAUCUGGCUGCCCUACCCAGGGAGAUAAAGUUGUAGAACUCAUCUACAUUGAUAUAGUGGGACUCACUCAGUUUAAGAAAACACUUGGACCGUCAUGGGUGCAUUACCAGUGUAUGCUAAGAGUUCUGGAUUCCUUUGGAACUGAACCAGAAUUUAACCAUGCCCAUUAUGCUCAGUCUAAAGGGCACAAAACACCAUGGGGAAAGUGGAACCUUAAUCCCCAGCAGUUCUAUACAAUGUUCCCUCACACUCCAGAUAACAGCUUCCUUGGAUUUGUGGUAGAGCAGCAUUUGAAUUCCAGUGACAUUAAACACAUUAAUGACAUCAAAAGGCAGAAUCAAUCUCUCGUUUAUGGCAAAGUAGAUAAUUUCUGGAAGGACAAGAAGGCUUAUCUGGAUGUUAUUCAUACCUAUAUGGAAGUCCAUGGAACUGUUCAUGGGACAAGCACGAUUUAUAUUCCUGGCUAUGUAAAAAACCAUGGUAUACUCAGUGGGCGGGAUCUGCAGUUUCUACUGAGAGAAACCAAGUUGUUUGUUGGUCUUGGAUUUCCCUAUGAAGGGCCUGCUCCUUUAGAGGCUAUUGCUAAUGGAUGUGCUUUUCUGAAUUUAAGAUUUAAUCCACCAAAAAGUAGCAAAAACACAGAAUUUUUCAAAGGCAAGCCAACACUCCGAGAGCUAACAUCUCAGCAUCCCUAUGCUGAAGUUUACAUUGGGAAGCCCCACGUUUGGACUGUAGACAUCCAUGAUCUUUCUGAAGUGGAGAAGGCUGUGAAGUCAAUUUUGAAUCAAAAGAUUGACCCUUAUUUGCCCUAUGAAUUUACCUGCGAGGGAAUGCUUCAGAGGAUGAAUGCAUUUAUUGAAAGACAGGAUUUCUGUCAUGGGCAAGUGAUGUGGCCCCCACUAAGUGCCCUUCAAGUGAAAAUUGCUGAACCUGGAAAAUCCUGUAAACAAGUUUGUCAGGAAAGCCAGCUCAUUUGCGAGCCUUCCUUCUUCCAGCAUCUUAACAAGGACAAAGCUCUGCUUAAGCAUAACAUCGAAUGUCUCACCGUUGAGUCUGCAAAUGAUAUUGUGGUCCCCUCUUUUGAUGGAAGAAGGAAGCACUGUGUUUUCCAAGGUGACCUCUUACUGUUCAGCUGUGCUGGAUCCCACCCGACCCACAGAAGAAUCUGCCCAUGCAGGGACUACAUUAAGGGACAGGUUGCGCUUUGUAAAGACUGCCUAUAGCAGCAGCAGGGCUUCUUUUGAGUAUAGGACAAAAUGUAAGUAGUUUUGAGAGGAGCUACUUAUUAAUUCCUGCACUUCUGUCCAGGUUUUUUUGCUGCAGGCAGAGCUAUUAUUGCUGGGCAGAAUUAUCUACUGAGAGGAGGGAUUGAUAGCAAACAGCUAACUGAUCUUUUUUCCUAUAAGAACAUUUGCAGUGCAACUCUUCAAAUUGCUUCAUCUGUUUGCGAAGAGAAAUGAGUUUCGUGUUCUCCAGUGGUUUGAAGAUGACUGCACAGAAUAGUUUGUAGAAAACUCCCAGGCCCAUCAAACUACUUUUUUGUUGUUUGGGUGAAGUGUUUUCUAUUUUUCAAUGAGUUUGAACAUCCCUGGUCAUGGUUAGCAAAAAGAUCUCAGCAUCAUUCCAAUAAAAAAUUGAAAAAAGUGUGCUGGGGGGUGGAGGGGGGGAGGACUACAAUUUAUUAUAGAUGCACUGUUUUGGGUACUGCUUUGUCUUGAAUGGCUACAAAGUGGUUUACUUCACAAGAAUUUGGAAUCACAAGAUAGCUCUAUAUUCUGCAAUUGGGUUAUCUGGGCCCAGUCCUUUUUGUUCAAGUUUUGUAUACAAAGUAUUGUCUGCAUCACGGCUGCUGCACCAGAGCAGUCUGAACAGAAAGUACUAUGAGUGAGCAAGCAGGCAGUGUGUGACCCGACAGCCAACUUGGGUUGGGGCAUUCUUCAGUGUGGAAAAGCCUCAAAGACACGCUGCCUUUUUAGGGAUGGACUUGUCAGUUUACUGGUCCCAUUUAGAAAGUAAUCCUUGGAAUUUGCCCAUGCUUCUGUUGUAGUCUGUCUACUAGAAAUACUGUGUGAAGCAAAAAGUAUUCAGCAUCUUUGGAGCAAUAUUAUUGUUAGAGCCUCAGUUUGCUGCGCCUUCCAGUAGUUAAAGUGUUGCUGAAUGACAUAGAAAGGUUAAACUAAGCUAACUAUAAUUAUUGUAUGGUAGAAAUGUAAAAUGUCUUCAUAACUAGCUAGAUUUUUAAAGAGAAUUUUUUUCUGAAGAACAAGAGGAGACAACUGCUAAGAAAAGUAUUGACUGAUCUUGUGGGUGCUUUGGUUGUUUUUCUCUUGGGGAGGGAAGGAGGGUUUUGGUGUUUUUUAGGUUUUCUUUUCUGUUUUUUUUUUAACAGGCACACCAGUCAUAAAUUGAGAAAAUUGAAGAGUUUGAAUUCAAACUUCCUUUGAAGCAGCACAUUAAAUCUUUGACACCACUUUCUUUUUGUAGAGGUAACUAUGGUUCUUCUCAGCAGAAGGUGGCACGCUUGGCAGCACCAUUUGUAGACAGGAAACAAUUUGCUAAGGUCAGUGAGAAACCAGUCCGUGGUGUAUUUUGAAAGCAGUCAUAGUCAGCACUUUGGGACGUGAACGCGUUCUUUCUGUGUUGGAAAAAACUCCAUUAGCAUGAAGGGUUUUUUUCAUGAAAAUGACCGUUACUGAGUAGCCAUGAAAAGCAUAGAUACUUUUGUUUUCCCAUCUCUUGACCUACCAAAGACCAUUGGAGGGAACUGCUUUUUAAUCCUGGAUAAACUUUUAAAACAAGGGAGCCAAAAAUUGUUAAGUUUCAACGUGAAAACAGCAAAUUACUUUUUUCCAAUUGGUUUCCUGCCUCAGCACUCCUGAUGGUGUUACACUGUAACACUCCUUACAUAGGACUGCUGAGAACUCAGGACUGUAAUCCUGAGGCUGUUGGGCGGCCACAAGGCUGUGUGGGAAUGUUGAAGUUCCUGGGAUGCCAGGAAAAAUCUGCUGUAUCUUAGAGUAAUUUUCCAAAAGCAGAAUAACAGGGCCCUUUAAUGAGGCAAACAUUUUGUGUGAGAAAAAAAACACAACUAGUAUGAGCAUUCUUACUCUUAGCAUAUCUCAGCAUUUGCUUCAGUCAACAGAAGCGUAGUUUGCAAUAGUUUGAAUACCCCAGCAGAGCUGGAGGAGGAUUCAAAAUGGGUCUGAGCAGAUGCAACAGUUCAUUUUGUGUUUAUAUCACCUAUUCCCCACAUAGCUGUGCAUAUUUAUGCAACUGGAAAGCCCUGUAUAUUACUGGCAGUGUGUAUUUCUACCUGGUGCUGAAUGUGGGGGCAACAGCAGAGAUUUGUCUCUCCUAGUUCAGCCUGAGGUUCCUCAGGCAGGAUUUUAAUUCAGAAUGACAUAUCAGAGAAUUACAUCGGAAACAAAGAUGUGGAUGUGUGCACUUACAAAUGCAAAACACGUAGUUUUUGUUGCAGUGUAAUUCUUGCUGUAAAUACGUAUUUGCUUGACUCCCACUGCUGUAUGGUCCACAUGGCAUAUUGCAUUUUAUUUUGCCUCUAAGCUUUUAUAGAUGGGGAGGGUUUUGGUAUUUGUUAUUAUAAGAUUUUCUGGUCUAGUGCUUUGCUCAAUGGUAAGUCUGCAUUUACCACAGCAGGGAGAGUCUAUUAUAAGCUGUUUUUUUUUUCAUGCUGUAGCACUAUUUCUCUCUUAGCCUACUGAGCUGAAUUACCGCAUACUGGCAAAAGUGAAACAGCAAACACUGGUGCCGCUGGCAUUUCAGCCAGGGACAGGAUAUCUAAAUCCGGUUUCAGGAUCAUUUGGGUCUGAUUCUAUUUCCACUGAAAUCUAUAGAGAAUGAGUCCUUAAUCUUGAAGAAAAAAGAAUCAAGAGCAGUAGUCUCACAGGCCUGCGUAGUUAACUUAAAACACAGUAGCUGGACCUCUUCUUUCAGAAGUGUUACUUUUAUGAAAUACAGCUUCAAUCAAAUUUCUGUAGAAGAGACCCUCUAAGAACUGUGAGUGAACAAACUGUAGUGUGCUGAUGUUUCACUCUCCAUCACAGAGCAGUGUUGCCCAUGCAUCAGUAAAUCAUGCAGAGCCCUUCUGCAGAUAAGCACUCAGGCAAAUCCAGGUGGGACUACUACAGUUUUGAACAAUGUAGUAACGUGUAAAAAAUCCCCAUGUUAGAACAGAGGCCAGCCUUCUGUCCAAGUGUCAGAACUAUUUUCCUUCCUAGUGAAAGAGUAAAGGUGGAGUCACAAUAUUCCACUUGGGGUCCUUGAGGUGGGGCCAGGCCGCAGAGCUCAGUCCACCGGUAAGGCCUGCAGCUCCUUCUGCUCUGAAAUCAGGUUUCUGCAUGACUUGGCAGUGGAAUAUAUUGACCGGUGGUUGGUGGGGGAGGAAAAAUGUCAAAAGUUGCAUAGAAGAAGGUUUUACAAGCUUUUAAUCAUAACUCUCAUAUCAAGACAUUCUUUGUUUUAAAAUUUUGUAUUUUUGUAUGUGACCUAGUUUUUUCAAAAAAUGUUGUUCCUAUGAGAUUAGAAAACUUGAGAGAAGCAUUUACAUAUUUAUUAACAUAAAAUUAUGGCUUGCCUUUGAAAGGUAAAGUUGGUAAAUACACACUGUUUAAAAAUGCCAAUAAAAACCUCAUUUAUUUCAUAUAUGCAAGUUGAUUUGCACAUGUAUAAAUAGAGUUGCUUUUUUGCAUUUUUUGCUUAGUUUGUUUCUUUUUGUGCUUUAUAGUCGCAGCUGUGUUUGUUUAUAGCAGAUUGUUUCUCCUACAAAUAUUUAAUGUUUAUGUGCCUUUUUUUUUCUUUACUUUGGGGUUUGGAUGGCUGCUUUUAAUGUGGACACUGUCUGAACAAAUAUAAUGGAACACUAACUGCAGGUAAAACCCAGUGCUUGGUCACUGUAUAUCUGUUAGCAGAACAAAUUCUGAAUGUUUUGAAAUAGCAGGAAGAUCUGCUCUAAAAACAUAAGGGUUAAUAAGAUAAAAGAUACCCAAACAUCACUGAUUCUUACCAAAAUUUGCUUCUGCCAGUGAAAUGCCUUUUACUGAAUGUCUGUAAUUGGACAUGAAUGCUUCUGCUGGGACAGAUGUCUGUGUAAAGACAGAGAGCAAACUGCACCCACUGCAUUCUCCUGGGAGACAGUGCUAACAAAAAACCUGUAGGAAUAGUCACACCUGAUUUGAUUAAGUGGAAGAAUUAAGAUCUGCACUGGAUUUGGGAGGCACUUGAUUUUUCACAUACAAGUGUGUUCAGAUGGAAGUGCACAGGGUGACUCCUGGUGCUCUUAACAUGCAGUCCUUUAUAUGCAAAUGUAUGAGUCCAUAUCCAAAUGUAUCAGCCUCAGUGGAGAGGGAAUUCUGGCUGUUCAUCUGACUGCAGAAAUCUCUAUUUUCAUUUCUGUGAGGAUAUUUUGUCUAACAGCUGCUGCUCCAGGUUCAGCAGCCCAGGCCUGAGGACAGAGCCAGGUUUCUGUGCACUCCCUGCUCAGCUGUGCUGCAAAUGCUCGCAGCUGUUUGUAACUUGCUCACUGACAGGUGCUCAGACUUGUCCAAAAUUACCAUCAGGUGCAAGUGAGGCUGUUCACCAAUGUCUUCUCUCCUUGCUUAAUCACAUUGUUCUGACCUUUAAAUCCUCCCGUGUGUUCUUGGGCUGUCCUCUAACUAAAGACAUGCCUCCCUUCUCAGAAAUGAGCGUCCCCUCUAAAUUACAAAGAUGGGUUACAAGCUGCUACUUACUCAAAAUAAACAAAAUUCAAGUUGCUUUCUUAGGCAUGUAUUUUGUUCACAGUGCAUUUCAGGACCAGGUUUUACUCCAGUGAAAAGGAAAGGGGAUAAAUGAGGCUGGGUACAAUUCUCAUCCAAGUAAUUAAUUUCACAACUCCCACUGGCUUCACUGGUAGCAGGACUCCCCCAUUAAUUUCUCUUCAAAUUAAAGAAAACAGCUCUCCCUUUUUGAUAAAGCACCAUCCUACAGAUAAAGACUAAACCCUUGCAGGUUAUGCUGUGCAUGUUACCAGCAGCCAGUUUUGCUUGCUGCUAUAGCAUUUAUCAUCCCUAAGUUGGUGUGACUCACCAUAAUAGUAUUGGUUCAGAACCUGGUUAAAUAACUGUCCGCUCUGCAUUAUGGAGUGCUAGAGUCUAGUUUUGUUUUGAUUGUUUGUUUUAAAGAGAAUAUCAGUUACCAUUUUCGACUUUAAAGCCUUUUUUUGAGGGGUGCUAACUUUUUGCCAUGGCUCUGUGUGACAUUUUCCCUGCAGCUGCUUUGCCUUCAGCUUUUGACUUAGGAUUGGUUUCCAUUUGUGGUUCUCCUUUGUCCCCAGCAGUUCAGGCACCACUGUAAAGUUGAGAACGAUGCACUGGCUGAUAUGGGCUUCUGGUCAGGCUGGAAAGACCAGGGACAGGUUUCAUUUAAGUAUGCUUUAAUAACACUGCUGUACUGUAGUGUUAAAACAUUUUGUUUAAUGGUCAGUGACUUAAAUCUUGUCUUCAUAUUUUUAAGUAGCUUUGGAGUUGUUGGGUGUUUUUUUUUUUUAAGUUAGUUUGUAAGUUCCAAAUAUUAUAUUUAAAUGGAAUGUGUAAACAGCAAACUCCGUGUAUCAAGUGUAAAAUGUUUACUGUAGGGAUGUGUUGAAAAUUGCAGAGGCUGAACCUCAGCUGUAUGGCAUUGCUCGUGUUCUUUCCUCCAGGGAAAAGUAACAAAGCGCAGCUUCCACGUGAGUCAUCCUUUACACAGUCAUUUAAUUAAAACUCGUGUUGGGCUCUGAUUCUGCAGACCUCUCCCAAUAACACGGCGCAACCUGCUUAUUAAAUGGGUAAAUAAAGCCAGGUCCUCAAAGCGCUGAUAAAAGGAGUUGUAACUCCACUUUCCCCACGCUGCAGUGUGUGUCACACAGCCCGGCCCAGCUCCCGGCAGAACUGCAGCCGUUCCCGGUGUCACACAGGUACACGGUAAAUCAUGCUGAAUGGCCAUCUGAGGGCAGUUCGUUUUAGUAGGGUUAUACCCAGGACUCAUUUCUUAUGCUCAUUAACAAGCUUGCUGUAAUAUGGUGACAGUGAAAACCAUUUUGUUUAGUUUUCACAAACGAAUACGGCAGAGGAGGAGGAAAUGGCAGUUUUUAGCAAAAGGAAAAGGGAGUCAAUUUUCUGAGAAAACUUACCCUGCAGAUUGCAACAAGAGAAACGUUAAAACUUAAAGGAAUGCUCACUCUGCUGGGUUGAGCUGAGUUCUCUCUCUGGCUGAGCGCAGCAGGGUGACAGAGCAGCUCUCUGCUUUCUGGUCUCAUUCCUUCCCUGGAGGCAUCUCCAUAGGGAAAGGCUAGAAAAUUCUGAGUAAUCCCUGUAGCACUGUAAGGGGAGAAAUCAAGCAAAAACCUGCUGAAAUCUGUAAAAAGAAAGGCUGC